AUGACGAGCACCAUCGGCAUACCAAUCAAACUGCUGAACGAAGCGCAGGGCCAUGUCGUUACUCUCGAAAUAACAUCCGGGCAGGUAUACCGUGGGAAGCUUCUCGAAGCUGAGGAUAAUAUGAAUGUGCAACUCAAGGAUAUUACCGUUACGGCGCGCGACGGCCGGGUUAGCCAUCUCGACCAAGUAUACAUUCGAGGCUCGCAUGUGCGAUUCUUUAUUGUUCCGGAUAUGUUGAGGAACGCACCUAUGUUUAGAAGUCGAGGCGUCAAGGGCAGAGGUGUUGGUCUGGCGAGAGGAAGGGCUACCGUCAGCAGAGCAAGGGCUAGUGGGCGUGGAGGGCCUCCGAGGGGAUAA